UGAGUGUCAUUUUGACAAUUUAGGGAUGGUGGUGAAUGUGCUCGUUCCGGCACAUUUCUUUACGCCAUUAAUAUUUUAUUAUUAAUCAUAUUGGGUAAUAUUUGGUGGAAUUUUAUAGUGAUUCGGGUAAUUGUCUAUUCGUGACAUUUUCUUUGUACGUCAGCAGCCAUGGAUUUACAUCGGCCGGUCGAUCCUAACAAGGUAAAUCUGUUCAUAUUUGUAAGGUUUCGUUCAGAGAAGAAAAUAGGAAAACUGUAUGAGAUGCACAAAGGUCAUGAGUCGAUGCACACAACAAUGGUUCUUAUACUCAUAGGAACUUUAGUGGUUGCCCAAAUAGUUGUUGUGGAAUGGAAGAAACGACACUAUCGUUCAUAUUCGUUCUUUACAAUGGUAGCCAUGUGGUCUAUACCGGUAUUGAUGAGUCUCAAGAACUCCUGGUGGAGAUUCAUCACGGUGUGGACGAUAUUCACACUGCUCACAGCUCUAGUCAUAAGGAAAUCAACAAGAAGGCCUAUGUCAGUCACAACACCAAGAUUGGUGUACAAAUGGUUUUACCUAAUAUACAAGUUGAGUUGCGUAUUCGGCGUCUUUGGUUACAUAGUCAUGAUGCUCACGUUCUUAGGUUUGAACCUGGCAUUUGGACAUAAACCGCAGCCGUGGAUGGACGUCGCGUUAAUGUGUUUAUUUUACGGGUUGUAUUUUGGUGUAUUGGGUCGCGACGUGGCGGAAUACUGCGCUGAUAAGAUGGCCGCUUCUAUAGGGUAUUAUACUAAAGAGGGUAUGCCUACGAGACAAUUAGAGAACAACGUGUGUGCGGUAUGCGGUAACCAAUUACUGGUCGCAGUUAAUGAAGAGGGCGUUAUAGAGAACACAUAUAAACUGACAUGCGGUCACGUGUUCCACGAGUUCUGUAUACGAGGGUGGUGCAUAGUUGGUAAGAAGCAGACCUGUCCCUACUGUAAGGACAAGGUUGAUCUCAAGAGGAUGUUCACUAAUCCUUGGGAUCGGCCCCAAAUGCUUUUCGGUCAACUGCUGGACUGGAUCAGGUGGUUGGUAGCGUGGCAGCCCCUAGUAUUAUUCUUAGCUCAAGGCAUCAACUGGAUCUUCGGUCUCGAGUGAAUGUACGUUCAGACUUUAACUCGAACAUCUGCCAGGUCAUUGAUGGUACAAAAUGCUUAUGAAAUGACCUUUAUUAUUUGUGUAUAACAUACAGAGUUUGUAGUGAUUAUAGUGCUGCAUUUGGAAUGCGAGGGAAAGAGACGUAACAAUGUUUCUUCACUUUACUUUUUAAGGUGAUGUUAUGUGGAUGUUGUCGGCAUAUUUAUUUUAACGUAGGCAAUUUUAUAUUGUGUUGAUUAAAACACAUCGCUUAUUAAUUUUACUAUCAUAAAGGUGUUUUAGCGUCUUUGGUUCUGAGUCACUGAGAAUCAUUUGAACUAUAGCGUAUCUUUUUAAAUUAUUUUAUUGAAAAAAAAAAUGUAGUUGAGCUAAUUAAAU